AUGGACUACGAUUUCAGGAACAUAGCGGGUCUACCAUACGAUCCUCAAGUCCCCAUGUACAGAACAACGACCACUCCCUCAUCGAGCUCAAGCUCGAGCCAUCCGAUGUACGGACCAUCUUCUCUCUACCCUAAGAUCAGUGGUCACUCCGUCAACCCUCCCGCCGCUCGUCCCCCUUCUUUUCAUCCGACUUCUUCUCCUUCAUCUUCUUCUGGAACAGGCAUUAGGGUCGCCUUAAAGCCGGAAUACCGGAUUACACCACCGGCUCUUUUGGUAUUGGAUUGGUUUCAAUGGCCGGCACAUCUUAUGCACAUCGCUGCUGGUGAAGCUAAUAUGGCAUGA